AUGGUGACAGUCGGCAUGUUGCUGAUUGUCCUCUUUGUUCCAGCUGCUUUGGCUGAUUGCACUGAUGAAGCAGCACUCUCCAUAAAUGCACCAAAGAUGCUGGAAGCACUGAGUGGAUCUUGUUUGCAAAUCCCAUGUAACUUCAGACCCAAAGAAGAAAAGAAAUUUAUCAGCACAAGAAAAACCUUUGGAGUGUGGAUUAAAAAUGAUGAUAGAUUUGUCAAUAAUCCAAACAAUGUGAUCUUCAACAGUAGUGGAGCAGUUAGCAUCUAUCCAAUGAGUGUUACUGGGAACCUGAAUCAGAGAGACUGCACCACUCUGUUUUCUAAUUUAACCACCACAUACACAAACAAAUACUUCUUCAGAGUAGAGAGAGAACCAUUCAAGGCAACAGCUUCUUGUGAUCCUCUUCAAAUAACAGUCAGAGAUUCUCCGUGGAGGCCCAAUAUUACAAUUCCAGGUGAUCUGAAGGAGAAGGAGUCUGUCACUAUAACCUGCUCAGCUCCCACUCCCUGUCCACACUCCCCUCCUCAACUCACCUGGAAUCUCCAACAAGACUCUCACAACAAAAUAGAGGAAAACACAGAUGGAAGCUUUACAACUAAAAUCCAGCAGAACAUCACUCUGUCAGACACACAUGAUGGAAAGAAGAUCAACUGCUCUGCCAGAUAUCCUGUGAACCAAGGAAAAGACACCAAGACAGCAGAGACAGAAGAGACUCUCAGUGUUUCAUAUGCUCCCAAAGACACCUCAGCAUCCAUCAGUCCAUCAGGUUUGGUGUCAGCAGGCAGCUGGGUGAACCUGACCUGCUCCAGCAGAGCCAAACCUCCAGUCAGCAGCUUCACCUGGUUCAAGAAGAGCAGAGAUGGAGCUGUGAAAGUAUCUGAAGGAGAGAUUUACAGCUUCAAUGUAACAGAUGAAGGAGUUUAUUACUGUGUGGCCACUAAUGAUCUGGGUAAUCAGACAUCAGCAGAGAUUCAUCCAACAGGAACACAUCAGCCUUCAUCAUGGUGGGCUGCUGUAGGAGGGAUCACUGGGAUCAUCAUACUCAUCUGUAUGGUUUUUGUGUUUUGGAACCUCAGAAAAGUGAGUGAAGAGCCAGCAAGUAAAUCGGAAGGAGAAGAAGAAAACAUCCAUUAUGGAGAGAUCAACUUCUCUGUGCUGAGAUAUGAAGCAUCAACUGACUCAGUGCAGUACAGAGGACAGCAGCAGGAUACGGUGUACACACAGGUGAAAGUCAAAAAGCACGAAAACACAGAGUGCGCUCACGGCCAAGAGGAACUCUACGCUCAGGUGAAGAAAAAAAAAGCAUUUGCUGCUCUUGGGGACCAGUGCAGUAACUGGUUGGAUAAAAUCAUUGCUAUGGGGGCUGAUGGAGCUGCUGUUAAUUUGGGCAGCAAAGGGGGUGUCAUAGCCCUUCUGCAGCAGGAGGCAGGUGACCACAUUGUGCCCUUCCACAGGAGAUGCAUCAACUCUGGCUGA